AUAAUUGAUAAAUAAAUAAACAUUUUUCCACAACAGCUUUCAAACCGUGACACAUAAACUUAUAAAAUUUACUAUUUCGAAAGGAUGAUGACAGAAAAAAUUGUACCCGGUCACCCAAGUUUGCUUAACAAAGGAAUGCUAAGUGAUCAUCAGACUGCCAAUAACUUAGCCGACGACAUGGGAUGGAAAUCGAAACUGAAGCUUCCUCCAAAGGACAAUCGAUUUAAAACAACAGAUGUGACAGAUACUCGCGGCAAUGAAUUUGAAGAAUUUUGUCUAAAACGAGAACUACUAAUGGGAAUUUUCGAAAAGGGUUGGGAACGUCCAUCGCCAAUUCAAGAAGCUGCUAUACCUAUAGCUUUAAGUGGUAAAGAUGUUUUAGCUCGGGCAAAAAACGGCACUGGGAAAACUGGAGCAUACUGUAUUCCAGUUUUAGAACAAAUAGACCCGACUAAAGACUAUAUUCAAGCAUUAGUAAUGGUUCCUACUCGAGAACUGGCGUUGCAGACAUCUCAAAUCUGCAUUGAACUUGCUAAGCAUCUUGAUAUUCGUGUAAUGGUUACUACAGGAGGUACAAUUUUAAAGGAUGACAUUCUUCGUAUUUAUCAAAAAGUACAAUUAAUUAUUGCAACUCCGGGAAGAAUUUUGGAUUUAAUGGAUAAGAAAGUAGCAGAUAUGUCCCAUUGCAAAAUAUUAGUCUUGGAUGAAGCUGAUAAGCUGCUUUCAUUAGAUUUUCAAGGCAUGCUGGAUCAUGUUAUUUUAAAAUUACCCAAGGAUCCACAGAUACUACUGUUUUCUGCAACAUUUCCAUUAACCGUAAAAAAUUUUAUGGAGAAACAUUUGCGUGAGCCCUAUGAGAUAAACCUUAUGGAAGAGCUAACGUUAAAAGGUGUCACGCAAUACUAUGCGUUUGUGCAAGAGCGACAGAAAGUACAUUGCUUGAACACUCUGUUCUCAAAAUUGCAAAUAAAUCAAUCAAUAAUAUUUUGCAACUCUACACAACGUGUUGAGCUCCUAGCAAAAAAAAUAACUGAGCUCGGCUAUUGCUGCUACUAUAUUCACGCUAAAAUGGCACAAGCACAUAGAAAUAGAGUAUUUCACGACUUCCGACAAGGUCUUUGCCGAAACUUGGUAUGCUCUGAUUUGUUUACUCGUGGAAUUGAUGUACAAGCUGUAAAUGUUGUUAUUAAUUUUGAUUUUCCGCGAAUGGCAGAAACUUAUUUGCAUCGAAUUGGUCGUUCUGGCCGUUUUGGACAUUUAGGUAAGUAAUUAUUACUUUUCUAAAACCUUUUUUAGAACUCUAU